GUCUUAAUAACCACUCAUAUCGAUUUAUUACUGAUAUUUAUAGGUCGCUCUAAAUCUUAUUCUUUAUGUCUAUCACUCUUAUUUUCUAACUAGUAAGCCUACAAUCUAGAUAAGACUAUUAUUCAUGCAAUGUUGCGUGAUAAGCGUUAUCUUUUGCGUUAGAAAAUUGUCAAUAGUACAGUUUACUCCUCAUUCUCUGGACAUUUCUGUUGAAAUGGCAUUGAAUCAGUUUCUUUUGUUAUUAUGGAAAAACUGGUUGUUACAAAGCAGAAAGAUUGUAUUAACCCUUUUCCAAAUUGGUCUACCAACUGUUUUUGCUCUUAUUUUGGUUCUAAUUCGACCUAGAGUUACAUUAGACAUAUAUCCAGAAGAUACAUCUUUUUAUCAAAUCCCUUCAACAGUUUUUAUAUUGCCAUUUCAGUAUCGCGCAUUAUCGUGUUGUUUAAAGGAUAAAAUUCAUUUAGCUUAUUCUCCUGAAAAUGAUAUAACUACUAGAAUUAUGAAUAGAUUUAAAGAAACUCACUGGUCAGGAGAAGAAUUUAUAGAUGUAAUACCUUUUAAAAAUGAGUCCAUGCUGGAGGCAUAUUUCCGUAACAUACAGGCUGAUAAUAGCCCACCUGGGGAACGGUUUAAUUGUUCAUUUUAUCCCAUUAUACCUCCUGAAAUUGAACAAAUUUGCGACUUGUGGAGCAAUCAGUCAAUUCCAAUUAAAAUGGGUGGGAUUGUCUUUAAGAAUGUUGUUGAUGAAAUACCAAAACAAGUGGAAUACAAAAUUCGUUUUCCUGCAAAACAUUUAAUAAUACGACAAAAUAGAGGGGAUUUUUUUUCGGCUACGGAUUGGCUCACUACUUUCAUUUUCCCUAGAUUCCGAUUAGCUGGACCUAGAAGCAGAUAUAAUAUCUAUGGUGGGGCUCCCAACUAUAUUAGAACUGGGUUUUCAGGUGUACAAAUAGCUUUAGACAAGGCUAUUGCACUUGAGAAAACUUCUAAUACUGAUAACCUACCUAUUGCAAAAUUCAGAAGAAUGUCUUACCCUCCUCAUAUUAGAGAUUUCUUCAUUCAAGUAAUCCAACGGCAAUUACCCUUCAUUAUAAUGUUAAGUCUAAUAAUCACUGCUGCAAAUGUUGUACAAGAUCUAGUUUUAGAGAAAGAAAAGAGACUGAGAGAGUCAAUGAAGCUAAUGGGUCUUAAGACCUGGGUUCAUUGGUUAUCUUGGUUUGUCAAAUACUUGUCAUUUAUAUUAAUAUCAAUAGCUAUCAUGACUAUACUGUAUUGUGUCAAGUUCAGUUCCAAAGGAGCAAUAAUACGUUUCGCUGAUCCUUCAUUGAUAUUUGUUUUUUUAUUGCUAUAUUCCAUUGCAACCAUUAUGUUUUGCUUUGCUGUAAGCUGUGCAUUUUCUAAAGCAAGUUCAGGAGCUGCGGCUGGAGCUGUUCUCUUCUUAGCAUCAUAUGUUCCUUACUUCUUUUUUCAAAAUCAGUAUGAAACAUUAAGUAAUGGGGUAAAGUUUGGAACAUCUAUCUUUCACAAUGUAGCAAUGGCUUUCGGUUGCAUGCAGAUAGCAUUAUUUGAAGGAACAGGCGUUGGUCUUAAGUGGAACAAUUUCCAUAAACCGUACAGCGUCGAUGACAGCUUUACUAUGUUGCACGUCUUCGUUAUGCUAAUUGCCGAUUCUAUCUUCUACGGCCUGAUUACAUGGUAUUUGGACAACGUUGUACCUGGCGAGUAUGGCAUACCUCGACCAUUGUACUUUCCGUUUACUAAAUCCUAUUGGUGUGGAAAAAAAGUGCGCCAUAUGGAUGUGGAGGAGAUUGAUACAGCUGACUUGGACUCUGAGAGUUUUGAGAAAUUACCAGUCGGAGCUAUAAGCGGCAUUUGUUUGAGAAACUUACGAAAAGAGUUUGGUUCAGGCCCGAGUAAAAAAAUUGCAGUACAGGGAACAACUAUAGACAUGUUAGAGGGUCAAAUAACCGCUUUGUUAGGUCAUAACGGGGCUGGAAAAACAACAACAAUGUCAAUGUUAACUGGCUUUCUUCAACCAUCCUCCGGUACUGCAUACAUUAACGGCCUUGACAUACGUACAGAUUUAGAAGAAGUUCGAAAGACUUUGGGACUCUGUCCACAACAUGACAUACUAUUCGAUAAUCUGACUGUUAAGGAACAUUUGGAAUUUUUCGCAAAGUUGAAAGGAUGUGAGGCGAAAGACGUAAAGUCCGAAGUCGAUAGAAUGAUCGAAGUACUAAAACUCCAUGACAAACGCAAUUACAAAGCGGGGGGCUUGUCAGGGGGUCAAAAGAGAAAGCUGAGUGUGGGAAUUGCGUUGAUAGGCGGAUCGAAAAUUGUUAUUUUGGACGAACCAACAAGCGGUAUGGACCCUGAGGCAAGAAGACAAACGUGGGAUAUUUUACAGUCUGAAAGAGAAGGUAGAACUAUGAUAUUAUCUACACACUUUAUGGACGAAGCGGAUCUAUUGGGAGAUCGUAUUGCAAUCAUGGCUCACGGUAAAGUUCAAUGUUACGGAACUAGUCUCUUCCUGAAAAAGAAAUACGGAGUUGGUUACCAUAUGGUCAUUGUAAAAUCUAAAAACUGUGAUGUGAAUAUUCUAACUGAAGUUGUUUGCAAACACGUACCUGAAGCAGCAAUUGAAAGUAAUAUAAGUUCUGAACUAUCAUAUGUCUUACCUCAAGAAUCAAGCUCUGCCUUUGAAGGGCUAUUUAGUGAAUUAGAGGCUGACAAGAUUAAACUGGGUAUUAGUUCCUUUGGAGCUUCAGUAACAACCAUGGAAGAGGUCUUCCUUAAAGUCGGCGAAAGUGUUGAUUCUACAUUGGAGGAGAAAAUGAUUUCUCAAGCACCAGACACAAAAAAUGGUCUUACUUAUCACAACUAUGAAAAUCCUGUAUUCGAAAAAGAUCAAGAUCUGGAAUUAAAAGGUCCAAUAGGUCCUCAAUACAAGAAAGUAUAUCCAGCAGGUGGCAAGAAAAUUGACUUUAAUGAAGGAUCAAAAUCUCCUCAACUACCUUGGAGUAUUUCAAAGAAAAAUUCUGGAGGAAAGUUGGUUUUACAACAAGUACGUACAAUGCUAUGGAAACGCUUUAUACACUCUCUGAGAAACAAACUGGUCUCGGUUACCCAACUAGCUGUACCUCUCUUUUUUACAAUUAUACCCUGUAUAGUUUUGAGAACUCUUCCAGGACCUAGAGAAGGACCAGCCCUCAAUCUUUCUCUAAGCAUGUAUGACAGCCCAAUUACAACGGUGUAUUCUAACUAUUCGGCUAAUAAUCAAAUAAUGCCUCGUUUGCUUGAGAAUUUUAAAAAUUAUGCAAAUGAAUACGGAUCAAUCAGGGAACCAGGAUCGGAGAAAUAUAAUGGAUCUAACCGUUAUAUUGUCGAACAAGCCAAGAACAGCCUCUCGCUCUACAAGAACAACUAUCAAGUAGCUAUUGAUGGAAGACAAACCUAUUUUGAACUCUUAUUUAACGGAGAGAGUUAUCAUUCUGUAGGCACUGCUUUUUCCGUACUUGGCAAUGCAGUGCAAAGAAUGCUUAUAUCACCUGAACAUGGCGUUAAGGCAACCAAUCACCCUCUUCCUCGUGACACAAAUGAACAAGUGGAAGAUGAAUUGAGGAGUAGUGCGGCACUUGGUAUGAUAAUAGCUUUUAAUGUUAUGUUUGGUAUGGCUUUCUUAGUUGGUACGUUUGCAAUUUUUUUGAUAAAAGAAAGAGCAGUGAAAUCAAAACAUCUCCAAUUUGUCUCUGGUGUCAACAGUUUUAGUUUCUGGUCAGCAACCUUUUUUUACGAUCUUAUCAAUUAUGCGAUACCAUCUAUUCUAUUAAUACCUGUUUUCGUUGCUUUCAAUAUUAAAGCUUUAGUAGCGGGAACUAAUCUUGCGUGGUUGUUUCUUAUUGAUAUGCUUUAUGGUUGGGCCAUCUUACCAUUUAUCUAUUUUACAUCGUCAAUAUUUACCGUACCAUCGUCUGGUUACGUUUGGUUAACGGUUUUGAACAUCUUUACUGGAACUUUAGCCGUUUUAGCUGUUUUGAUUCUAAGAAUUCCAGAUUUGAAUACUGGUACAAUUGCAGAUGUUUUAGAAUGGGUUUUCCAUAUAAUAUUGCCGAAUUUUAAUUUCGGUCGAGCUCUGCAAAAUCUCUAUAUAAAUGCCGACAACAGAAGAAUAUGUGACAGACCUGAAAUUGAAUCAUUUUGCAACAGUAUGAUAGAGAUAAUGAACUCUACGAACCCCUGUUGCUUUCAAACAGAAAGAUGCGGUAAUUUUUGCGCCCAUUGGACGAAAAAUCCAGCUGAUUGGUCAUCUCCCGGUAUUGGAAAGAGCUUGAUCUUCUUAUCUAUACAGGGACUUUUAUUUACUAUGCUUGUAUUCAUUAUUGAUAGCGGAACAGCUAGAAGGGCAGUAAGUGCAUUUGUAAGCAGUAGCAGGGCUAUGAUGGCAUCACAAUUUGAUGAUGACAGCAUGAUUGAUGAAGAUGUUCAAGAGGAAAAACUUAGGAUAAAGUCAACUCCUAUGGAUACGCUUGCUAAAACUGAUACGAUCGUUUUAUCCGAUGUGGUAAAAUUUUAUGGUAAUUUUAGGGCCGUUGAAGGUCUAAAUGUUGGCAUACCAGGGGGUGAAUGUUUUGGUCUAUUAGGUGUAAAUGGAGCAGGAAAAACAACUACUUUUAAAAUGCUUACGGGCGAUGAGAGUUUAUCUGGUGGAAAAGCGUUCAUAGAAACUUAUAAUGUUGCCUCCGAAAUCAAACAAGUUCAACAAAGGGUGGGAUAUUGCCCCCAAUUUGAUGCUCUAAUUGACCAAAUGACUGUAAAAGAAACGCUGGAGAUGUAUGCUCGAUUGAGAGGUGUAAGGGAAGAAGAAUUAAAGCAAGUAGUCCAAAGUCUUAUUCAGGGACUUCUUUUAGAAGAGUAUACGGAUAAACAAGCAGGUCAACUAUCUGGAGGUAACAAACGCAAACUGUCAACUGCUAUGGCAUUAGUAGGAGAUCCUCCAGUUAUCCUCUUGGAUGAGCCAACAACAGGAAUGGAUCCUGUUGCUCGUCGUCUUCUAUGGCAAACACUUAAUAAAGUGAGAGAUGCUGGAAAAACUCUAGUCUUAACAUCUCAUAGUAUGGAAGAAUGUGAAGCACUAUGUACUAGAUUAGCCAUUAUGGUGAAUGGUCAAUUUAAAUGUCUAGGAACAACACAACAUCUAAAGACAAGAUUUGGUGAAGGAUAUACUCUUGUCGCAAAACUCAGCGGGUCCACUGAAGAAGAAGUAGCUGAAAGAAUGCAAGAAAUGCAAAAUUUUGUGGAAUCUUCUUUUGAAGGAGCUACUUUGAAAGAUAAACACCACGGUCUAGUUUAUUAUCAACUAAAGAGUAGAGGUGUUUCUUGGGCUAGUCUAUUCGGAACAAUCGAAAAAAAUCGUGAACGUUUACACAUAGACGACUAUUCUGUCAGCCAAACAACAUUAGAACAAGUUUUUAUAAAUUUUGCGAGAACGCAAAAACCCCCAACUAUCGAUAAAAGUAAUAUUGGGGUUCAAUGUACUAGGUGCUGUUCCUAUAUAUUGUGUUGUCGGUGUUGCUGUAAAGAUGAUGCCUGAAGAAACACUAGAUAUAUUUCAUUUUUUUAUUUAAAAGUAACUUCUACGUCAAUGUUUAGCUUGUAGAAGAUAAAUAAUUUUAAAUCAAAAGAAAUUCAGAACGCUGAUGCGUUUCCUGCAAACAGGCGAGUGGAAGCUAACAUUUUUUCUUGCUUUAAUUGUUUAUAUAUUUACUUUCUCUUUUUUUUUUGCCUUUACAAAUAAAACAGUAGGAUAAUGACAUUUGAAUUGAAAAACCUUCAAUAGAAUGAUAGAUAUCAGUUGAUGUCUCUGUCUAGGCUUAUUUUUAAAAAUAGAAUUAAUAAGAUGACUAGUGCAAGUGAAAACGUACUAUUUUAGAAAUUGACGCAAGAUGAGAAUGAAGAAGGAAAGAAGGUGAAAGACAGAGAGAGAGAGAGAGAGAGAGAGCGAUAGAGAUAGAGAUAGAGAUAGAGAUAGAUAGAGAGAGAGAGAGAGUGCACCUUCAGGUUGACUAAUUAAUUGUCUUUUUGUUUCUAAUUAAGUUGUAAGUAUUUUCCUCAGGAUUACGCUGCAGGGAAUUAACCUGUAACAUGUUUGUAAGUGUAAUUAUUAAUAUAGCGCUUUAAAAAUGGAGCAAACCAAUUUUUUAUUCAAUGUUCUUAUUUGGCAUUGCACGUCAUAUUUCCACUUCUGAAAUAAAGUAGAUAUAUAUUGCUAGUAGAACGUUUUUUUUAUACACCAAAUGGGAUUCGAGCCUAAUAUAUUUAUAUAUAGAAUACAUCUGUAUAUAUAAAAUACUAAUACCAUAUAAUUAAAUAUCUUACAUCAUAUGGUUCUCUUCUUUCCAUAUUCCAAUCUUUAACCAACUUCCAUUGUUCUGGUAUACAAUCCAAUGCUGGUAAAGGACCUCUAAGAGGCGUUAAACCGAUCGAACUCGACGACGAAGAAGAAGGAUAGUUUGGUGUCUGAGACAUAACUAACUACCUUUUAUUGUAUAGCCACCACUUGAAAAGAGAAAGCCGAUUUGUAUUGGUUUUUACUGUGCGAUUUACCUAAGUAGAGGCAUAAAUAUAGGAUUAAGCCAGUAGUCUUGUAAUAACGUCUUGCAGUUUAAUUAGAAAAUAAUAUAUAAAUAAUAAAGUUUGAUGAAUUUGUUUUUUAUUUCAUUCGUCUUUUAAGAAUUGAAAAAUUCUACAGAAAUUGUAAUAGUUUAUAUAAGACAUAAAUUUUAGACUCACCGCUAGGUCGUAAACUCUCUACACCAAUUCUAUUCCUAAUCCGUCAAUAUUCUUUUGUGAUUAGACUGUCUGCAAGUUUGUGGGUAGUCUUAGACGAAUAAAUACAAAGUUCUAGAUUUAUUUAAUCAUCUCUUAUUUUCUUUGCUAAUGAAAUUUCUAAAGUCGACUAUUUUAAAUAUCACCAGUAUUAAAGUUAUAUUAUUAGAAUAACCCUAUAAUGUUUAAUUAUAAAGGAAGCAUUCUAUAUACGCUGAGCCCUUUAGAAACGCUUCCUUCCAUUCUAAAUAUGUUUUAAGCUAAGCUUAGAGUUCAGGUUUG